ACGCUUUCUACUGUAUAUAUACGCCACGUUGCUUUGGUUUGCCCAGCUUGUUGCGUUGUUUGUUGCGUGCUGGCUCCAUCGAUCUCAUCUCCUACUCCAACUCGAUCGAUGCAGCUGACACCAUGGACAGGAGCAACUCCACCCCUUCCAGCACUCCGGCGCGGCUUCGGCCGCGCAGCUCGCUCGACGUCGACGAGGAGUACGACAGCGCCUUCAAGUCCAAGUCCUUCCUCGACCUGUGGUCGCACGCGCACCACCACCUCAGGCACACCUUCACUUCAUUCAAGCCGUCAUCCUCCAAGUCGAGCGUCAGAGACUCGUGCCAUGACGAUGAGGUCGACACGGCGGCGGCGGCGGCGGCUAUGGAGCAGUCGUGCUCGUACACCGUUCUUGGCGACUUCGUUCUGGAGCCGAGCCCGGAGGUGCUUUCGCGGGAAAGUCGGCAGCGGCGACGGCGAAGGAGGCGCCGCGUGGAGACGCUACUGAUCGAGUACUUCGACGUGACGCAGGAUGCCUGCGAGGCGUGCUCCUCGCUGCUCGUCGCCAUCGGCGCGGCGCGGCGCCACCACCUCACACUCUGCCGGCUGCUCCUCCGGAUGGAGGGCAGCGACAGCCCUGCCGCGAGCGACGCGCUCACGGCGCACGUCCGCCUCGAUAACCCGCUCUCGCCGGGCUGCCUCUCCGGGUUCCACGAGGUGCACGCGCGGUGCAGCCCGCUGGCCUCGCGCCUGGCCGCGGCGCAGCGACGGCUCCGGAGGCUCGCCCGGGCGGCGCGCGUCGUGCGGGGCACGGCCGCGGCGGCCCUAGUCGCCGCGUGCGCGGCCGCCAUCGUUGCCGCGGUGGUGUUCGCCGCGCACGCCGUGGUGGGCAUCGGAGCGGCGGCCGCGGCCGUCGGCGCCAGCCCCGCGGCCGACAAGGUCAGCGAGCGGCACUACGCGCGCGCGGGGGCCACGGUGGACGCAGCCGCUCGCGGCGCGUACAUCGUGGGGCGGGACCUGGACACGGUAAGCCGCAUGGUGCGGCGCGCGCACGAUGAGCUGGAGCACGGGCGCGACGUGGCGCGCAUCGCGAUGCGCGGCCACGGCGAGCGGCCGCUGCUGCUGGAGGUUGCCAGGGAGGAGGAGGAGUGCGGGGAGGACCUCAGGGCGCAGCUGGAGGAGCUGGAGGAGCACGUCUGCCUCUGCCUGAUCACCAUCAACCGGAGCAGGAGGAUGGUGGCUCACGAGAUGACUCGAGGCUUGCCCUCGCUGGAGACGACGCCGUCGCAAAAUUAGUUUGUUUUUCCUUUUUUUUAAAAAAGCAAACAAUUGGUUGUGAAUUGAUUUGUUAAUAUUUGUCCAUAAUUUUCGAUCGUAUGAUUCUAGAGUAGAAACGUGAAGAAAUAAUUUUCGAUAGUAUGAUUCUAGAGUAGAAAUGUGAAGAAUUAACUUUCGAUAGUAUGAU